AUGUCAGCAACAGCCUCAGUGAGAGACUCUACCUCCCUCCUGUCUGCUGGACAGAAACUCCUUGUGGUUUUCUAUGAGGCUAGGAGAGGGCUCUGGACUUGGGCUCUCAAAAUGAAAGGUUUGGAGCUGGGGCUAGUGCCAGGACUUCCACAUCCCGGGCUGGGGAACAUGUUGCUCUUGGUAAUGAUUUUUCUCCCAAGCAUGUACUGUGACAUGGAAUCAGUAUAUUACUCUUCCUACGAAAUAGUCAUCCCAAAGAGUCUGACAGGCAGAGGAAGUGAAGACCCCAUGGGAAAGGCAUCCUAUAUGCUAGUUAUGCAAGGCCAGAAACACCUGGUUCACCUGAAGGUGAAGAGAGAUUAUUUCAUGAACAGUUUUCCAGUCUACAGUUACCACAACGGCAUCCCGGGGCAAGAAGUGCCUUUCAUUUCACACGACUGUCACUAUGAAGGCUACAUCGAAGGAGUGCCAGGUUCUUUUGUUUCUGUCAAUACCUGUUCAGGGCUCAGGGGUAUCCUGAUUAAGGAGGAAAAAUCUUACGGCAUUGAGCCUGUGGAAUCUUCAAAGCAAUUUGAACACGUACUGUACACCAUGGCGCAUCAAGUGCAUGUCUCCUGUAGUGUGACUUCCAAAGACAGCCAAGUGGUGUCUACUAGCUGGCAACAAGGGAGCAGGAAGCCUCAGAAUCUACAGGCGCUGUCCUACUUGUGGUCACACACCAAGUAUGUGGAGAUGUUUGUUGUUGUCAACAACCAGCGGUUCCAGAUGUGGGGCGGUGACAUCAAUGAGACAGUCCAGAGAGUAGUGGACAUCGUUGCUCUGGCCAACAUCUUCACUAGGGGAAUAAACACAGAGGUGGUGCUGGCUGGAAUGGAGAUCUGGACCGAGGAGGAUCUAGUAGAAGUCCCAGAGGACUUGGAGGUUACGCUCAGGAAUUUCAAUAGCUGGAGAAGAGAGAAGCUCGUCCAUCGUGUGAAGCAUGAUGUCGCCCACAUGAUCGUUGGGCAUCAUCCCAAAGGGAGUAUGGGUCAGGCGUUUCCCAGUGGUGCCUGUUCGAGGGGGUUUGCCGCUGCCGUUGAAUCCUUCCACCAUGAAGAUGUCCUCCUGUUUGCAGCGCUCAUGGUCCAUGAGCUCGGGCACAACCUGGGCAUUCAGCAUGACCAUUCGGCCUGCAUUUGUAAAGAUAAGCACUUUUGUCUCAUGAGUGAAAGUAUCACUAAACAUGGUGGCUUCAGCAACUGCAGCUCUGAUUACUUCUACCACUUCCUUCAUGAACAGAAAGGGACCUGCCUGUUUAACAAACCGUGGCACAAAGGCCGCAAGCGUAGAGAAUCCACUUGUGGAAACAAAUUGGUGGAAGAAGCUGAGCAGUGUGAUUGUGGUGAUGCUUGUGCAGAAAAUGAAUGCUGUGAUGAACACUGUAAACUAAAGGAAGAAGCACAGUGUGAUGAAGGACUCUGCUGUUCUUUGUGUAAAUUUAAAACUAGGGGACAGCCUUGCCGUGUUGCUGAGCGGCCCUGUGACCUCCCAGAAUAUUGUGAUGGUGCAUCUUCCUCAUGCCCUGAAGACAGGAUUAUGCAAGAUGGCUCAAUUUGUAAUCAAAUGUACUUCUGUCUUAAAGGUUAUUGCAUGGAUCCUAAUAUUCAGUGCAUAGAAGUAUUUGGGUUGGGUGCAAAAUCUGCAUCACAAAGCUGUUACAAUUUAAUGAACAAUAAAGGGGACCGGUUUGGAAACUGUGGCUUUGGUGGUAAUAAUCCUAUUAAAUAUAGUAAGUGUAGAGAUGAAGAUAUAUUUUGUGGGAAAAUUAUAUGUUCAGGUGUUACAUCUUUACCAACAAUCAAACUCAAUUAUACAAUGGUCCAGGUCUCUCAUGAAGAUGACUGGUGUUGGAGUGUGGAUUAUUUUACCACUUCCGACAUGCCUGAUGAGGGCCAAGUGAGGAGUUACACUUCCUGUGCCCCAAACAAAGUCUGCAUAGAUUCUGUCUGCAGAGAUUACGCCCCGAGCACAACUGCCUGUAAUCCAGAGAAAACAUGUAAUGGGAAAGGAGUCUGUAAUGAUUUAUCACACUGCCACUGUGAAAUAGGGAGUGCCCCCCCCAACUGCAAGGCUCCAGGAGAUGGGGGCAGUGUGGACAGUGGCCCUCCUGGCUUAGCGACCCCAGUGGAAAAUGAAAAUAGUAAAAAUAAUACACUUUCUUCAGAUGUAGUUACACUUCUCAUUAUUAUUGGUUCUAUAAUAUUAUUGAUAUGUUUUAUCAUUUGCCUUUUGUGGUUUUGUGGAAAAAAACGGGAGGCUGAACCGAUACCAGAAAAGGCUGAGGAAGCAGCAGGAGAGGAAGCAGCAGGAGAGGAAGAAGCAGGAGAGGAAGCAGCAGGAGAGGAAGAAGCAGGAGAGGAAGAAGAGAAAGAAGCAGAAGAGGCAGGUGAAGAAGAGGAAGCAGCAGGAGAGGAAGAAUCAGAGUCCUAA